AUGAGAAUUCCAUCUUCAUCGACUAAUUUCCGACAUCAUCAAGGAGAACAACAAGAAAUCUCCUCAUCGAAUUCCAUGAAAAUUAUCAGCACUGAUAACAUCGAUGAUGAUGGUCUUACUCGUCAUGAAAAUCUUCAGUAUUUGGAUACGAUCUUUGUCAAAGACGUGCGCCGAAAUAGUCCAGCUUAUAAAGCUGGCCUAAGACCAGGCGACCGAGUGCUAUCAGUCAACGAUCAAUCUGUACAUGGAAAGACUUACGCACAAGUCAUUGCCACUAUUCAAAAUACUCCAUAUGAUCUCGUUUUGAAUGUUCUACCCAACGAAGACGAUCGCAUUUCUCUAAAUUCUUAUCAAUCGAAUAAUUAUUCAUCACCAUUCAUCAUGUCGAAUAAUACAAUCGAACAGAAACUACGUAAUUUACAAAUCAAUCUAGCACAAGGUCGAACUCAAGAAGAGCUCGCACAAGCUGGAAUUUAUUUUCCUUCUCCAAAAUCUUCGUCAUCUCCACAGAACAUCUUUUCAAAUUACAUCGAUUCAGUUCACAAAGCAUUAGAUUCUUCGAAGCAACCUUCGAAAGAGAGUUCGUCAUCGUAUUAUCAAUCACCAUUUCACAAUGAGUAUAUUCCGUACGAAUAUAAACAAUCAACAUCAUUUCUACCUAUGGUUAACACCUCGUUUAAUCUUCCUUCGCAAGAUCAAACUCAAUGGACAUCGCCUUCGUCGUCAUCACGCGACGAAGUCAAAUCACCAUCGAGUGAUUCGAUGGGAACAGAUAAGGACAUGAAGACCGAAUUUGUCAAUUUUCGCAAGAAACAGUUCGAAACUGGCCAUGUGGAAAAUCUCGCUCAUGAUAAUCAAAGUGAUUCGAAAAUGAAGAAAUAUUCCGAAAAGAAAAAGUACGAAAACGAAUGGAAUCGAUUGACCGCCGUUGCCGAUGUUGAAUCUGUAAUGACUCGCGCAUCACACUUCGAAGAUAUCGAUCCAAACAAAUUCGCGAAAUUCAAAUCUAAACCUUCGAAUUCGCCAACGCCCUCACAGCAAGAAAGUAUUCUCUACCAAGAAGAUGAUCAUUUAGAGCAAGGUGGCUAUUAUGAAUCACAAUAUAAGCUGAUGAAACCAAUUGUAACAUCAUUUCAAAUGCCGAGAGCUGAUGAAAUCAACCAUAUCGAGUAUAAUUACAAUCAUCCGAGAUACAUGAUUGAACCGGUACGAACGACAUCAUCUCAAAAACCAACAUCGACAACAACAACAACAACAUCUCAUUAUGCCCCAUUAACGGCAAAUGAAAGUCAACGAUAUACAAUUAAUAAUUAUUCUCCAGCACGAACUUCAGGUGUGAGUCUUAUUCGUCAAGAUUCAUAUAUAACUGCCGUUCGAUCAGCACAUCCAAAUGAACAGACCGAUUUCGUUAACCUGCAUGUUUGUGAUCAGUUUGCUUUGUCUUAUAAUCCUGAAACACCCGUUUUUCGACGUAAAGUAUCCCAAUAUGGUGUAACGUCACGAACAAGCGAACAAGAACUAAAACAACGUCGAACAUCUUACUUGAUUGCGACAGAUCAACGUUUGUCAUGUCGAAUCGACCAUCUACCUCCGACAUAUUUGCGAACAAACAAAGAUGACAACUAUUCCUAUGAUGUUUCGCUUGAAGAACAGCAGAAACUAAGAGGUACUCCUCAACAUCAAUCGCAAGCGAUACGAAAGCUGAAAAGUUUUUUCGGCGAAGGAACGCCAGAAGUGGCUCAUGCACUCGAUCAACGUUCUUCCUUGUCACCUCAAUUAUCUUCGGGUAAUCAAUCAAAGUCAGGCUCCUAUUUCUUCGACAGUUCAACCACGACUCCACAAGAAUCGAUCUUAUUGACAACUAUGGCCGAUAACAUCGAAGCAACAAAAGAAGGAAUACUCUAUUGUAAAACAGUACUCAGAGAUGGUCGUCGGGCACCAGAUCGUUCAUGGCGUGGAGCAUGGGCAGUUCUUCGACGUGGCGCUCUCUUUCUUGGAAAAGAGAAAAAACAUGGAUUAUUAAUUCCAUUGUCAUGUGAUUCAUUUCCAAUCAAUCUUCGAAAUGCUGAAGUUGAAUUAGCAAGUGAUUAUGUAAAGAAGCCUCGUGUUUUCAAAGUGACAACCUCAAAUCAGAGUGAAUUUCUCUUUCAAGCACCUGACUCACAAUCAUUAACGGAAUGGUUAUAUGUUAUCAAGGAGUAUUGUGCUUCCGAACAAAAUAAUUCACAGUUACUGACUGAUGUCAAUGAUAAAUCAUUGAGAAAAAGUGCAACUUCAUUACUACCACUCACAUCGACGACGAAUGAACAAGAUUUAAUACCACAAAACGAUCCGCAACAAAAGUCCAGUCCAACGCAAACGAGAAAGUCGAAAUUAUCGUUACGCAGUCCGUCACUCAAACGUUCACCUAGCCUUCGCUUGCGUAAAUCACAAAAACCGGCGACAAACCAGCAGGUUACAUCAAUGAGUAACUUAAAUUCUCCAUCGAGCAUCUCUCCUCGUCGUUCCUUUGUCAAAUCUAUUGUCAAAAAAGGCCUUCGAACACUAAAAUCUUCUUCAUCGAUCCUAACCAAUCAAAUGAGUGGACAAAUUUACGACGAAAGCAGUGGCGAAUAUGUUUCAUCAAGUUCAGGCGUUCAUUCCAUUUCCCAAGGCACUAAUUUCGGCAUUGAAUUAGAAGAAUGCGAAUGCUCAUCGAUAUCACGUUAUAUUCCCAUCGUAGUGGAGAUUCUCACCCGUCUCGUCGAGUUACGCGGAAUUAACAGUCAAGGAAUCUAUCGAAAUGCAGGCGGUUUAACUGCAGUCAAUUGGCUUGUUUCGGAAUUUGAUAAAGGUGCAGAAAAAAUCGAUUUCAAUUCAGAGAAAUGGUACGAUGUGAAAGCCAUAGCAUCAACCUUGAAGACAUUCUUUGCUAAACUACCUGAUUCCUUACUAUCAUCAAAAAUGAGUAGUUUAGCUGUCAAUGCUAGUCGAAUUGAAAAUCAUCGCGAUCGUCUAAUGGAUUUAAAACGUCUGAUAAUGCAAUUGGAUGAUUAUCGUUUUGAAACAUUAAAGUAUUUAUGUGCACAUUUUCGACGAGUAGCGUCGAAUUGUGAUGUUAACAAGAUCGAUGCGAGAAACCUAGCGAUUAUCUUUGGACCAACGUUAAUCUGGGAUUCCAAAGCAUCCUUACAAUCAAAUCUGGUGGACAAUCCAGAAAAGAUUCGAAUUAUUGAAUCAUUUAUUUUAUACUACGAAUGGGUUUUUGACUACAAUGGUUCAGAUGAUGUUCCAGCGGAAAUCAAUCCCCAAAUGCCCAAACUACCACUAGUAUUAAGCAUCACUCGUAAUGAUCACGAUCUAUCCCUUAACAACGAAACGAAACCAUCGGAAAUCAUUCAGCAAAUUGUUCGUGCUGCUAAACGACGAUGGUCAUCACCUCUACUACUCGAUUCCCUAUCGUCGUUGAACACGAACAAUACAGAUCAGCAAACCUCGAAGCCAAUUAAUAUCUCAGUGAAAAGAAAUCGUCGACGAGAUACAAAGAAAGAAGAAAAAUCGUCAUCUUCUUCGCGCUCUCGUUCGGUGGACUCAUCUCUUCAAACAAAUCAAAUCGUUUCAUCAUCGACAGAUUCAGCUGUUUAUUCCAUGUCAGAUAUAAGCUCAUCAAUCAGUACCACAGCGACAAAGAAACCAUCGCAAUCGCUGCGAGAUAUCUCACAUAUAUUUCAGUAUUUUACAUUAUCAAAUGAAAAACACAAAUCGAAAACUCUGACCAAUAUUCGACGAAAAAAAUCACGAAAGAAAAUCACCGACGAAACGUUUCUUCUUCCAACAAAUAAAGAUGAUGAAAUCUACGAAAGAAUCAGUAAUUCCAGUAUUUGUUUUAUCGAUCAAUCUCCAGUACAUGAAAUUGAUCUAGUCCAGCAAACAUCUCUCUUGAAAUCGAAAUUAAUUGAGCAUGAAAAUCUUCUUCAAACACUAAAACAGCAAAUCCACGAUGUAGAUCAGCAAAUCUUCAUUAUCAAAGAAGAUUCCAUCGAGAAAACAUUCUUCUCAUCUUCAGAUCGACAAUUAAUCAAACGUCGUCACACGUUCAACUCGCUCUUAGAUUUAAACGAUCUCUUUCUUGAAAAAGACAAACUCUCCUCUUCAUCUUUAUACGCCUUACAACUUUUGUGA